AUGCGACUUUUCCAGUGGACUAACGGGUACUUUUAUGCAGGAGAGAUCAUCAGAGGACAUGAAGCCAAACGCAACUCCUGCUCCUACGUGGAUUACCUUAAGAUCAAGUCUAGAAACAGUUGUGGUGGCUUCCUGAUUCAAGAGUACUUUGUCCUGAUAACUGCUCACUGUUUAGAGAGGAUUGAGGUCACUUUGGGAGCCCACAACAUCGAGGAACAAGAGGACACCCAGCAGGUUAUCUGUGUACAAAAAGCCUUUCCCCAACAAGACUAUAAUCCGAAAACUGGCAUCAAUGACAUCAUGCUGCUAAAGCAGGAGAAAAAGGCCAAGCUGCCUAAAGCUGUGCAGCUCCUCAGGCUACCCAAGCGCAAGACCCAGGUGAAGCCAGGUAUUCCAUGCCAGGUGGCUGGAUGGAGAAAGUUGGCUCCAGAGGGAAGAUCUUCCAGCACACUGCAGGAAGUGGAGACAGUAGUGCAGGAGGAAGAGAAGUGUGUGGACUGCUUUCCAGAGUAUUAUGAUCCUGCUACUGAGAUUUGUGUGGAAGACCCAAAGAUUAAAAAUACUUCAUUUCAGGGUGACUCUGGAUGCCCCCUGGUGUGUGGUAAUGUGGUAGAGGGCAUUAUGUCUUAUGGAUUAGAUAAUGGAGCAACACAACGUGUCCUCACCAAAGUCUCAUGGUUUCUACGCUGGAUAAAGAAAACCAUGAAACAGAGCUGA